AUGAUUCGCUACGCGUGCUCCAUCAUCACAUUCUUUAACGACUGGUGCGUAGCCACCACCAAGUGUGACAACUGGUGCUUCAUCAUCACCAACUGCGACGACUGGUGUGUAACCACCGCUAACUAUGACAACCAGUGUCUUAUCACCAACUGUGACGACUGGUGCAUAACCACCGCCACCUGUGACGGCCAGUGCAUCAUUACCACCAAUUGUGAUAGCCAGUGCGUCAUCAUCACCAAUCGUGACGGCCGAGAUGACCAGUUCGUCAUCACCACCAACUGUGACGGCCAGUGCGUCAUCAUCACCAACUGUGACGGCCACCCGCCGCGCCAGCACGACACGGGCGCCAACGUCUCCCGCACCCUCAAUGACCUGAUGAGCGAGACCAAGUACGACAGACGCAUCCGGCCCGGCUUCGGCGGUGCGCCAACAACCAUCAGAGUCAACAUGGUCAUCAAGUCUCUGGGCCCGAUAUCGGAAAAGGACGAGGAAUUUAUCCUCGAUUGCUAUUUUCGCCAAAUCUGGUUUGACAAGAGGCUACAGUUCAACAGCACAGACGUGGAUAUCCUAUCCAUGAACUGGUUGUUCCUGGAAAAGGUGUGGAAACCGGACACAUUUUUCCUCAACGGGAAGAAAUCAUAUCUCCAUAAAAUCACGGUGCCCAACAAGUUUCUGCGCAUUAGGAAGAGUGGAGAGCUCACGUACUCCAUGAGGCUAACUAUCAAGGGAUCGUGCCCAAUGCACCUAAAGAAGUUCCCUUUGGAUAGCCAACUAUGUCCUCUUGAGAUUGGAUCGUAUGGAUACACGACGAGGGACGUCAUCUACCGCUGGGACCACGGCGUGUCGGUGUCCAUCAAAGGUGACGUCAGCCUGGCUCAAUAUCACAUCAGAAACAUCACGCCGUUCGAGAGCAUCGCGCCUACGAUGCGAGGCGAGGAGAAGUCCACGCUGGUGGUGCACUUCCACCUGAAGCGGCUCACCGGCUACUUCUUGCUGCAAGUGUACAUCCCCUGUGUGCUGAUCGUCAGCUGUUCCUGGGUCAGCUUCUGGAUCACCAAGCGCGACGUCCCCGGAAGGGUCAGCCUUGGCAUUACAACGGUGCUGACCAUGACGACGCUUGGGUUCGGCAGCAGGAGCAGUUGGCCGCGGGUCAGCUACGCCACGGCGCUCGACUGGUGGGUCAUCAUGUGUUUCGCGUUCGUUUUUGCAUCUAUGGUGGAAUUCGCCACCAUCAACUUCAUUGAGAAACGGCUCAAAGACAAGAAGACCAAUUUGGAAGAGCUUAAAAGGCUGUACACAGAGAGGCAUAAGCGGAUGGUGGGUAUGCUGGGCCGUGGCGGCGCGCUGGAGACGGAAUCGACGCCUCCGCCACCUGCUGCGCAGGACGACGAGGACAUCGCGGCGGCGCAGAUGGAGUUCUCCGAGUUCGCCGGCACCGCGCCACAGUCGGAGCCGGAGCCCACCACCGACUCGCUCAUGCCCACCCUCUUUGGCAAGAAGAAGUCCAAGUCCAGCUUCGAGUACGUGAUGACCAAGCUGGAGCGGCUGACGGAAAAGGACCUGCAGGACCGCUUCUCGGUGGUCGACAUCUAUGCGCGCCUCGUGUUCCCGCUGCUCUUCGGCGCGCUGAACGCCGUCUACUGGGUGCUCUACCUUUAUUACAUCACCGACGAGCUGGAGACGGACAUGUUCCGGCUGACCAAGCCGCUCGACUCGACGGCGUUCGAGCCCAAGUCGUGA